UGAUUCUGGAGUUUCAUCAAAGAGAAAACAAAAGAAAAUGCAGCUGAGACAUAAAAAAGAACAGUUGCUGGUGGCUGGAGAGGCUGGGGCAGGGAUGGGUACCAGCGACAGGACUGGUGUGGAAGGCUCUGUUACACCCAAGACUCCUGCAAAACGGCAAAAGCCAGUUGGGCGACGUCGGCGCCCAGGAGACACCAGAUGGAUACGACAGGAGCAUCCCUGUCAUGAAUGUGACAUGGUGUUUAGUACGCAACGGAAAUUUGACUUGCACUUCAGUCACAUUCACUUGGGUGUAGCACCAUGGCAAGGCGAGCAUACAUGUGAAGAUUGUGGAAAGACGUUUACCCAAAAAAUUAGCCUGAAUGUUCAUCGCAUGUUCAAGCAUGGGGCGCCACGCCGUUAUCAGUGUAAGAAAUGUACAUAUGAGGGGCCGACCAAAGAAUAUUUGAAGCGGCAUAUGAGGGUGCACACUGAUGAGCGACAGUUUAUUUGCCCAGAAUGUGGCAAAGGUCUAAAAACUGCUGAAUCUUAUAGAAAUCACUUAGUUAUACAUACCAAUGAGGGCCGCUUUUUCUGCAAGGUGUGCAGUAAAGCUUAUAAUCACAAAGGUGCAUAUGAAGACCAUCAACGCAGCCACCAAGACGAUCGAGACUAUGCUUGUAAUUAUUGCGGAGCUGCGUUCAAAGCUUAUAAGCAUGUGGCACGACACAUACGUGCUGUUCAUCUCAAUGAUAAGCGAUUCAUAUGUGAUCUGUGUGGUGCUCAACACAUGACUGGUUUCAACCUUAAGGGACAUUUAAAGAGGCAUGGGGAUAUAUCAGAUAUACCCUAUAUAUAUCAGUGUAGUGGGUGUGAUGCAAAAUUUCGAGGCUCUCAGGGGCUGAGAACACACAUGCGUGUUGUGCACAAAAGAGAAAUUACGAAAAUAGAAGAAGAUCCAAUAGUCACACCUCAUCCAACCCGUCGCCCAGUCCACUUCCAGUACUCUCGCUUGUCAAACACCACACAAGGGGAGGGCUCGAUGAAGGAAGAAUCAAACAUGGAGACUAUAUAUGUUGAUGGAGAUGCCUACAUCCUAUACGAUUCAAAGUCCUCUGAUGUGGUAUAUGAAGUGUACAGCGCAAACCGAUCAGAGGACUCCAUAGAUCCCCUGUUAUCAUCAGAAGAGGUUGGAGCACAGUGUAUCAUUAAUAUGUUUCCUUGUGCUACCUGCCAUACCAUGUAUACAUCCAAGACUCUACUUCAGCAACACCAGAAGGAUGUCCAUCAAGCUCAGGUUGAGGAAUCUACCUCUGCUGAAUAGUCUACUACCUUUAUUCAUGAUCCCACCUUCAACAAGGUUUGAAGCAUUAUUUUAUUUUUUUUUUUUUACAAUGCCCUCCUUUAUUUGUUGAAACAUAAGUCUUGAGUUGAAAAGUAACUUCAAUAAAGUUUGCAUAUAAAAUGGUUUUUAGUAUACCUUAGCCAUGCUUCAAGGUGAUUUUGUGUUUGUGUCUUCAAAUUCCAAUAAUUAAGAAAAAAAUAUGUUAGUAUCAUGAAUCAUAGGUUAUCCUAUUUCAUCUGCUCAGCCUGUUUGAGUAACUAGUAUUUGUGAUUACUGCACCUGUUUGUAAUUAUCACAGCAGAGCUGUGCUUGGGGCAUCCUGUGUUCUGUUGUUAGUUGGUUCUAUAAAUUUUAUAGUGUUCAUUGGUUGUAGCACUUGAUGGUACCUCCUCCUAGAUCACUCCAACAGUAGUACUCUUAUUUGUAAAGCUGUAGGAUAAAAAGUCACAAUACCAUGGCUA